CAGAACAAGUGAAAGAAGAAUAAACAACAAUACCAACAACAACGUUAAUGGCUUAUUCUUCUUCUUCUUCCUCCUCUCGUUUGUUGUUGCAAUUACAGAGUUCUUCGCAACUAAUGCUACGUCUUUCACCCUUUCUCGUUUCUUCUCCUCCUCCUCCUUCUUCUCUCUCUUUCUCCUCCAGCUGCCACGUGUCCUCUUCAGCUCAAUCCACACUCCAACAGGCACAUCAAAGAAGCUCAGAAAUGGUGGCAUUGGAAUAUGCUGACCUCAAUCUCUCUUACAACUUGGAUCUGGGUCACCUCAGGAUCAGGCAACAUGUUAAUCCUCUAAGUGCUUCUUUCUCUGUUCCUGCACAAGUACCAGACUGGAACCAGGUCUUUGCAGACCCAAUGUUGCCACUCAUGGUGGACAUUGGAUGUGGCAGUGGCAGGUUUCUAAUGUGGUUGGCCAAAAGAACUCCUAAAAAGAGAAACUUUUUGGGUUUGGAAAUCCGGGAAAGGAUAGUCAAACGCGCUGAGACAUGGGCAAAGGAUCUGGCUCUCAAUAACAUACAUUUCUUGUUUGCAAAUGCCACAAUUUCUUUCAAGCAGUUGGUAGAAUCAUAUCCUGGGCCCUUGUUCUUAGUCUCAAUUCUGUGUCCAGACCCACAUUUCAAGAAAAGACAUCAUAAAAGAAGAGUUCUCCAGAAGCCUUUGGUCGGUGCUAUAGUGGACAAUUUAAUGCCAGGGGGACAGGUUUUUGUACAGUCUGAUGUGCUUCAAGUGGCACUUGACAUGAGAAAUCAGUUUGAUGAAGUUGAAGCACUGAAACACAUAGAUGUUUCCAACCCAGCUAUGUUGUGUGACAGUGAAGGGUGGUUGUUAAGCAACCCCAUGGGAAUAAGGACUGAGAGAGAGAUUCAUGCAGAACUUGAAGGUGCAAAAAUCUUUAGAAGAUUGUACCAGAAACAGAUAUGAAAGAUGAGUUCUCAAGAUUAACUACUUUGUUGAUUUGCUCUCCUAGUAUGAAGCAAAAGGAUAACCUUGUCCAUGUCAGACAUAAAUGGAAAGGAACACUCAUGACACAUCAAAUCUUAACAUGAUGCUUGGUCUUUUUUUGUGUCUGCAGAAUCCAAGUUCUUUUACAUGUUCAACUACAGUUAAAAACCUCACAUCUUCCUAGAAUGCUUACCAAUGAAGUUCUCAUGUUGAACAUAUCAUACCUAAUUGGUUAAGGUUAGGGUUUGUGUAUUAUGUAUUUGAAGUGUAUUUUUGUAUGAUCAAGUACAAUUGAAAAGUAAUUUUGUGGAAAGAAAAGCACAAACUUUUUCCCUUA